GGCAAGUCCGCGUAACUUGACGGAUCAAGGCCGGAAGGUCAUGACCCCACAGCUUCCCCCGAAAAUCAGCCUUCAAUCACCGGACGAUAGUAUUACUAGACCUUGGAAAUAUGCUCAAGACGCUUCGGCUUUGAAUCUGCUGAAGUGGAUCGUCUCCGCCCUCCAUCCUAAGCUUACAGAGGAGGUCUGGCCUCUGAUUGUACCUCCCAUUCUCACACUCAUCGACGACUGGGAGAUCAAGUAUAAGCAGAUUGGGAUAUCCUUACUUCAGACCCUACUUGAGAAGACACCACCUGCACUUCUCGCCCGGACCGGCUUGAGCGAGGUUUUUGAGGAAGCACUCAUGCCAUGUUUGACAUAUCUUCCGACAUUGAACACACCAGAAGAAUCCGUCGCCAUGCUCUCUGUCACAUACUCUGCACUGCUCGUGUUGACGCAGACACGGUUUCCGCCAGAAGAAAACGCACCUCAGCGCGCCAAAAUGCUCGAUACCAUGAUUCGCAAAGGCAUCCUCUAUGGUUACACAACGGCAAGCGAGUACCCGAGCAUUGUAACCACUCUUUUCAGGAACCUUGCGUUGAUCCUCGACGAGCUGGGCAUAGACUCGGUCAAACACAUCAAAUUCAUCUUGCCUAUGCUCACUCAAGCGUUGUCUCAUCCCCACGGGACGGCAUCGCUUCCAAUGCUGAAUAGUGCUGUGGUUGCUCUUCAAGCGCUGUUACGUAACUGCUGGCCGAGAAUGGCAUAUCAUAGGGCUGAGGUGCUCAAGGGUCUUGCGAUGUGCUGGCUGAAUGUAGCUGAACUCGAUGGCGGAGAUAAGGAAGGCCUCGCUGCGUUGAGAGGAAAGCUCCGAGAAACCGUCGAUUCGCUGGAAACGAUACUCAGAGAUGAUGAGACGUGCGAUGUGGAGGCCGAUGUGGAGCAGCUGAUUUCGGCCGACGACCGUUUGCGCGAUCUGCUGCUCCCUGGGGAAAAUCCAGUGCGCGGCUCGAAAUGAAGCAGGGCAGUGGAAAUCGUGAGCGUAUGAUUUUUGUGACAAGUGUAUAUAUCGCGUGACUAUCAUUAAAUGGACGGCAACAUGACCCGCAUUCUGCUCCAUCUCCAAAUCAAAAGUUACAACAAGUUUGCGAUCGACCACUCUUGACGACCCUGCGAUUUUGUUUAAGACGCAUAUACCCUUCCCACCAUUAGCCGUUGUGACGCAUCGCUCUUUUCUCCCUUCGCCCCUCGAUCCGGCCGUCGUUCGACAACAGAGAGAGGAUCUCCGACGCCCGCAGCGGUUUUGCAUUUCCAUUAUUACAAUCAUGAUAUGACAUAGGACGACCAGGCGCCUCGACGAGGACGGCCACUUUCAUGUCAUACCUCU